AUGGGUAAUUCAGGAUCUAAACAAGCAAGGAAAUUACCAAAUAUAACAAGAGCAUCAACAAAUCUUGAAUCAAAUAAACAACAAAAUAUUAAAUUACAACAACAUCUUCAAAGAGAUCAUAUUGGAUUAGAUCCAAAUACUAUUACUCAAAGACAAAAAUUUUCAGCAAAUGCUGAUAAUAAGAAUGCUGAUAAAAUUGGUCAAAUAAAGAUUGAAGAGAUUCCAUUAACAUUAGAUGAAAAUGUGACAUUAAGAAAUAGACAGAAAAGAGAAGAUGAAUUAUCUAAACAGCGAAAAGAAUCAGUGUCUAAUACUAAUGAAAUCAAGACAAAUCAAACUGUUCAUCCAAGUACUUUAGUUGGUAUUAUUGAAGAUAUUGAAACAAGAUCAAGAGAUGAAUUAAAAAGAACAUAUAAUAUAAAUGAUGAAUUUUUGAAUAUUUUAGGGGAUCAAUUAUCAAUUGCUAAAACAAGAGUUAAACCUAUAGAAGAGCAACCCAAGAAAGAUGAUUCAUUGGAUCGAGAAAAAAUCAAUGGGAUAUCAACAAAGAGAACGAAUGAUUUUGAAGAUGAAUUAGAAAAAUUGAUGAGUGGAGGUAAUAAAUCAUGA